AAUUCAAGUUUUGAUAGCCCAAGUCCUGGAAGAAAAAAAACUCCAGAUAUUGAUGAUAAGCGCCGUAGUAGACAUUCAAGUGAAACUCGCGGUAAAAGUUCUGGAAGAAUUAACGAAAAAAGGAGUAGAGACUCUAGUACCGAUAGUAGAGAUGAAAGACGUGGUAGAAGCUGUACUAGAAAGGGCAAUAGGAGUUGCAAUAAAAGAAGCAAUCGAAGUUACAGCAGAGACCAUAAGAGAAAAUCCGUAAGAGAAGAGUUGUCUGAAAUCAAUUCAAAAUUAGAUCAUUUGGUUGAAGAAGUAUUAAUUAUAAAAAAAGCACAAUUGGGGAAUAAUACUGCAACCACUAAUCAAUAUGAAUCGGUGUCUCCAAAACAAACAUUUCUAAUGCAGCACGCAGCAAUUGAUGAAGAGCAAUGUAAAUCCUUCAGGAAUGAAGUAUUUCAAAUUCUUUCAAAUCUCGAUAGCUCUCUCUUCCUAGACUAUACCAAAUCCUGGAAUGAAAUUCAAAAUCAUGUGAUCAAAGAAACAUUGCCCACAAUCGAUAAGUCGUUAAGUAGUAAAGUCCAGUACAAUUCGACAGAACUUAAAAAUGUUCUGCAGCAACUUCAUCGGCUCAUCGCCAUAGACGAGAAAAUUGGAAAAUUUCACAAAAUUCUGAAAAAGCUAAGGAGGACAAAAAAUGAAAGGGAACAAAUUCUAGACAAAAAAGAAAGACGAAAACAGGGCCUUCAAUAUAUGUAUACUACUAAAUCCCCCACUUUUGUGCAUUUACGACCCGAUUCAUUGACAGUAGAGAAAUAUGAGAAAGACCUAGAGGAGAUAGUUGAUAACAAAGCUUAUCACUCCGAUGAAAUAUCAGAGACAGAUGAAGAAAUGGCUAUGAAGGAAAUCAAUGAACUUGUCCGACCAAAAAACAAAUUGGAUAAGCACGUCAAAAAACUUCUUCAAAUUGCCGAUAGCGUGGGAGAAUCAUUACAACAUACCAAAGUCUAG